AUGCCUCACCCCAUCGAGUCGUCGGUAGAGGACUUCAAGAUGUUCAUCUCCUUCGUCUUCAGCGUCUCCAUCUUUGGCGCGUCGACAUUUGCCGUGGUGGUUGGCCAGAUGACCGACCCCGCCGACAUCUGGAAGCCAGACCCGCCGCCAUUUACCCUGUCGACUAUUAGAAAUUUUAUUGCCAUCGCGUGGCUCUGCUUUAUUCUCUCCAUCGCGGUUGCGGGAUACAGUUCCAGCCUGCUUACCAUUCAGCGGAAUAGGGCACGAGGAAAUUAUGAUGACGACUGGGCGAAGAAGUGGGAGAGCAUUGGCAUUUUGGCGUCUACCGUGCUUCACUUGCUGCUAGUAACGGCGUUUUUGUUUUUAUCUCUGAGUAUAGUUCCUUAUGCAUGCGCAGUUGGAUGGGUUGCGGUCGGGUUUUCUGGCAUUGCGUGCGUCUUUGUGAUCAGUCUAUCUGGCUAUCAGUUUUGGUGA